CCAACGCCGACGAAGAGAGCAGUCCGCCAGCACCCCGCCAGCAUUUCCGCCUCAUCUUAGACAUCUUCGGUCACAGACGAUCUCUCUAUCCCCCCUACUUUCUUCUCCGUCGCCUUCACCGGAAUCAGAUCCUGGUCGGCCCAAUAUGAGGCCUAUUUUGCUUUCGGGCCAUGAACGGUCCCUCAACCAAAUCAAGUUCAACCGCGAUGGCGAUCUCAUCUUCUCCGUGGCGAAGGAUAAAAUUGUGUGUGCUUGGUGGUCGGCUAACGGCGAGCGACUCGGUACCUACAACGGACAUCAGGGUGCCAUCUGGACGGUCGACGUGAGCCCCAACACCGUUCUCCUGGCGACCGGCUCGGCAGACAACACCGUGCGACUAUGGAACGUGAAGACCGGCGAGUGCGUGAAGGUGUGGGACUUCCCUACGGCCGUGAAGCGCGUUGAAUUCACCCCCGACGGAACCAAGCUGCUGGCUGUGACGGAAAAGCGUAUGGGUUUCCUGGGCACUAUCGCCGUGCUCGAUAUCAACUACGGAGAUGGUCAGGGCGGCAACCUGGAGGUUCAGGCCGACGAGCCCAGCCUCCGAAUCACCUGCUCGGAGAGCAAGGCUACUGUUGCGGGCUGGAGUUAUCUGGGCAAGUACAUCAUCGCCGGCCACGAGGAUGGCAGCGUGAGCCAGUACGACGGAAAGACCGGUGAGCAGCUGGAGAACGUCCAGGCUCACGAGUUCGACCACCAGAUCAACGACGUCCAAUUCUCCGAAGACCGCACCUACUUCAUCACCGCCUCGAAAGACAAAUCUGCCAAACUCAUCUCCUGCCGUAACCUCGCCAUCCUCAAAACCUACGUCUCCGACACGCCCCUGAACAGCGCCACUAUUACCGCCAAGAAGGAAUACGUGAUCCUGGGAGGUGGUCAGGCUGCCAUGGAUGUCACCACGACCUCCGCGCGCCAGGGUAAAUUCGAGGCUCGCUUCUACCACAAGGUCUUCGAGGACGAGAUCGGCCGUGUCCGUGGCCAUUUCGGUCCUCUGAACACCGUUCACGCUCACCCCUCCGGCACCGCCUACGCCUCCGGCGGAGAGGACGGUUACGUCCGUGUCCACCACUUCGACAAGUCGUACUUUGAUUUCAUGUACGAGGUCGAGCGGGAGCAGCUGAGACGGUAAAUCAGUCGGUGAAACGCGGUUUUUUCUAUUCUACGCACCUACAUAUGUGUCAUGAGGCAAAGACAUUUAUUACCCAAGGAAAAAAGAAAAAAAGUAGAAAAAGCAAGGCCGAGGCGGUAUAUGAAGGGGGGUGUGGGUGGCUUUAGGGCAUGAGUUUCUCAUUUCAUUUGAUUCCAUGAUAAAUCGGAGUUGGUACCAUUUCCUUUUCUUUGGUCGCUUUCUGUGUCCUAUUAAAAGAAACUCAAUUUUUUACAUUCACG